CAGCGGGUGAUAGCGGCUGGGUGAGGAAGUUCAAAGCAUUCAGCAAGCAAGCGCACAUCUCCUGCUGCUCGCUUGCUUUUCCGUUCUCGUCUGAGUUGUAAUUCACUUGUUAGUAAAGGUAGAGCGCUGUCAAAAGUUGUGAGGUCACUGGAAGGAGUGUGAACAAACAACAACUGCAGAUUGAAGACAACGCGACGUACGACAUGGAGCUAUCUACGUCUAGAUGGUUAGGCGCCAUUCUUUGCUCUGUCUGCUUCUUCGACUUCGUCCUAGAAGGCGAAGGUGCCAAUAGAGUGGUUUUGAAGAUUGAAUUGAUCUGUUCACCAAAUGAGGACAAGUCCAUGGAGUCUUUUUUCCCGAAUAUCUGCCAUGUGAAAGUCAUCUACUUGUUAGGAAAAGGAGAAUUGUCAUCUGUGUGGCCUACCAAAGUUACAGCUAGCUACUUAGGUGAUAGAAUUUCCUACAAUGUCAGUUGUGGCCGAAGUGAUUUCCUUUACUAUGCUAUUGCACAACCUUUGCUUGGGAAGAACUUGACAUUAGAAAGGCAAAAUAACUACUACUACAAUUACACACAGCUGGUGGUUGAUAACAUUACUCAUUCUCAUUUCUUGGAGUGCGUGACAGGAUCUACGACUGUUGCUUCAUCGACUUGUAGCCCUAACUAUGUGAAUCUUGAGUUACGAUGUACUGCACCUCAUCCAACAAAAGCAUUAAAACAAAGAAAAGUAUCAUGGUGGAUUAAAAACAGUGCAGCAGUCUUGGAAAUGGUUCAGAACAAAUGUGAUAACUCUACCUGUGCAUCUAGUGCCAAAGCAUGUCUACAGGAAAAGAAGGAAAUUAACCAUGAAGUUAUGAAAGUUAAUAUUUUAGACUCCCACCAACAUUUGAAUUGUAAGGAAUAUAUAUUUGGAUAUAGACAAGAUCCCAGCCACAUGUUUGAUAUUACUAAGCAAGAAAGUGUACAACACUUGCCCAAGCAACAGGAAUUGCCUGCAAUAUCCACUACAAUAUCCACUACAAUAGAUACUAGUAUAAUUACAGAUCAAAAGUCUAGUGUGAAUAGCUCUGAUGCUCUGAUAGUGGCACUGUCUGCUUCUGCAGCAGGAGUUAGUGCACUGGUUGUCAUUGUUCUGGUUGUGUUAUGGUAUAAGAACUACUGUUUGAAAGAUAAACAAAAAUCCAACAUCAGAGAGGCUGCUGUCAAUCUGUUAAGAAUUCCACAAAAGUGGAGAUCUCAUUCUAACAACUAUGUGGGUGAAGAGGACCGACAGAUGUCAGCGAUAGAACAGGUGUCUGUGCCAAGAGCAAGAAGGAGGUACGCUUCUUCAUCAUUGCAUUACAGUAAACAGUGGGAAAUCACUCGAGGAGACAUCACUGAAAUAAGUCCUUUUGGAGAAGGAUGUUACGGAAGAGUGGUGGAAUGUGUUUUAGCUAAUCCUGAUGAUGCCAGCUUAUCAUGCAACGCCAUAGUGAAAAAAGCCAAACGCACAUCUGAUAAAACAGCUCUUCAAGAGCUCGUCACAGAGGCUUUAGUGAUGAGACGAGUAGGCAGUGAUGAAAAUGUCCUCAAGCUAUUAGGAGUUUCUACUCGUGGUGGUCCUCUCUGUUUGAUCAUGGAAUUUGCUUCUUGUGGAAAUUUAAGACACUACCUUCGUUCCAGACGUCCUGAUCAAGAUGAUCCUCUUGGUGCCACCAGAGUACCUGCCAAUUCUGAUAGUAUAAUCAUGACUAACGAGAAAUUGCUUCAGUAUGCCUUGCAGAUUGCUAAGGGUAUGAGGUAUUUAGUGUCAAAAGAGUGUCUUCACUGCCAUCUGUGUGCUCAGUCAGUUCUUGUGUGUGAGGAUGGCAUGCUUAAAUUGUCAAACUUUGGAGUUGUGAAGGAGAAAGAUUACCAUGCUUAUUACAAUGAUGUUUCACCUGGUUUGUCUCCUACCAAAUGGCAAGCUCCUGAAGUCUUUCUGCGUCAGAAUUAUUCAGAAUACAGUGAUGUAUGGUCGUUUGGAGUCUUGAUGUGGGAAAUAGCUACGCUGGGUGGUACUCCCUACCCUGGAGUUGCUUUGGAGUCUCUUUGUAACCUGAUUGUUGAAAGUGGAUAUCGAAUGCAAAGACCUAAAAACUGCAGUCGCUUGGUAUAUUCUGCUAUGACACAAUGCUGGCUGAUUAGUCCUCAUCAAAGACCCAGGUUCUUUAUCUUGUGUGUCAAGAUCAUGAAACUUUUGUCAGAAAUUGAGAGUGAAAUACAUCCUGUCACAUCUGUGGUGCAAAUUGAAUCUGCAACAAGCAACACAAAUGGAACAACAGGUGGGAAAGCGGGAUAAAGAGAAGAGAUGUGUAAACUGUAGAAUAGCCAUGCAAGCUGGCCACUGUCUGGUCUAUAUAUGUAACCUGUAGCUGUACAUUAGGCCUUUUAUAGCACGAAGUAGCAUCUAUUUCUAGAAGUUAGCUGCAUCUUUUAUUAUUAUAUUAUUGUUAAAUAGUAAAUAUAGGCAUGCAUUCUGUACAUUUGAAAAAUCAAACAAUUAUUGAGUAUAGUGACAUCUGCAA